AUGUACCAACCUAUAUAUUCUAUAUACUAUAUAUGUACACCUCUAGUCUAUUGUAUAUACACCCUGAAUAUAAUAUAUUGUUUUUUAUUUAUUAUUUAUUUACCCCUUCAUGCCUGCCUAAAGUUAUUUGUCAGCGACUGCUGGCGCCAGACCUACGACUACUAUGAAUUCUAUGCUGGAGUGGGCAACAUCACGCGGCAGGCACGUUCAUGUGGGUACAAAGCAUUGCGCUUUGACAUCCUCGACAACAAGAAGCCUACGAAUAGGAAAAGUAAUUUCAUGGACCUGGCGAGCCCUUCUGGUUGGGCGUUGGCAGUGGUGGCCUUGCUCCGGGCAAAGAUUGGAAAUUCCCCAGCCCAUUUUGCAAUGAAGUGUUCGUCGUUGUGCCGAAUGAACAUCGGGACGUCUCGAAGGGGCCCUUGUUGCAGCCUUGGCUUUCAUGAAUACCCCUCCGUACUACUUAGCAACAAGUUGCUUGAAAGGACUUGCUGCCUGGUGUUGUUGGCAACAGCACUGGGUGCUGCAUGGACCCUUGAACAACCAGAUGGUUCUGUCCUAGAAUUCUACCCGGCGUGGCGAACAGUGAUGCAAAGCAUUUUUGCAAUUGGAGGUCCCAGAGCAGUAUGCAAGGUGAAGUGGUGGAUGCAACAUUAUUCAGCAAAAACACCAAAGCGCCACUACGGAUAUGCCAACACACGGGCUGUCAUGGAAUUGGACAGGGGAAAGUUGACAAAGGACCAAAGGAAACCCAGGCAUGAACGAAUCAAAACAGCUGAUGCCUACUACGACAAGCAUGGCGUUCGAAGAUACAAAGGUAAUGCCAACUUACGCCCAACUGAGAUAUACCCCAUGCCAUUUGCCCGGCGCCUCGUGGAUUUGCUGGAGCCGAUGAAAGAAACGGCCAAAGGGUCUCCUGUGGCACCAGUCCCAACACCGAAGGCCGUUGAGACUUUCAACCAAUGGCCAGAGGUGAACCCUGCCGAUUGGUCAUUUGCUGAUUUUGGGGAGAUGUUUGCCUAUUUAAGGGGCAAUCGUCACUUGAUAAUCCCCGAAGAAUGGCGUGGGACGAUUCCUGACCGUCUCUAG